AUGGCCAAGAAUGCCACUGUAAUUCAAAGCCAGGCAGCAUCUCUUCGGAAUCUUGAAAUUCAAUUGGGGCAAUUGGCCAAUGAUUUGAAGAAUAGACCACAAGGCACGUUGCCUAGUGACACCGAAAACCCCAGAAGCGAUGGCAAAGAACAUUGCAAAGCGGUAACCUUGAGAAGUAGAAAAAUUCUUGAGUCAAAUGUGGCUGCUACAGGCAGUAAGGAGCCCUCUUCAAUCCAAAAGGAGGGGGAACUGAAGGAAAAACCAGCAAUUUUAGCUGCUGAAAUUCCCCUAGUAGUUACAGCAUCCAGUCAGCAUUCUGUUGCAGAAAAGUCUUUUCAAAAGCCACCUCCACCAUUUCCUCAACGGUUCAAGAAGCAACAAGACGAUGGUCAAUUCCGGAGAUUUCUUGAUGUUCUAAAGCAGCUCCACAUCAAUAUACCAUUAGUGGAAGCUUUGGAGCAAAUGCCAACCUAUGUGAAGUUUUUAACGAACAUUUUGACAAAGAAAAGGAGGCUUGGCGAGUUUGAAACUGUCGCUUUAACAGAGGGCUGUAGUGCUAUGUUGAAAAGUAAAAUUCCAACCAAAGUGAAAGAUCCGGGCAACUUUGCAAUUCCAAUUUCUAUAGGGGGUCAAGAUGUUGGAAGAGCUCUUUGUGAUUUGGAAGCUAUUAUUAAUCUUAUGCCUAUGUCUAUUUUUAAGAAGUUGGGAAUUGGAGAAGCAAGGCCAACCAGCAUCACUUUGCAAUUAGCGGAUCGUUCCAUGGCUCAUCCAGAGGGGAAAAUUGAAGAUGUGUUAGUACAAGUGGAUAAGUUCAUUUUUCUGGCCGAUUUCAUUAUUCUUGACUAUGAGGAAGAUAGGGAAGUUCCAAUCAUUUUAGGGAGGCCAUUUCUCUUGCCACGGGAAGAACUUUGA